CCCCCUGCCCGCCGGCACCAUUGCCCCGACGGCGCGGCCGGGCGGCCCGGCGCUCCCCAGGCUCCGCGCCGGCCGCAAGACCCUGUUGGCGGCCGCCGCGGGCGUGGUGAUGCUGUUGGUGCUGGUGGUGCUCAUCCCGGUGCUGGUGAGCUCGGGCGGUCCGGAAGGCCACUAUGAGAUGCUGGGCACUUGCCGCAUGGUGUGCGACCCUUACCCCGCGCGGGGCCCCGGCGCCGGCGCUCGGCCCGACGGCGGCGACGCCCUAAGCGAGCAGAGCGGCGCGCCCCCGCCCUCAACGCUGGUGCAGGGCCCCCAGGGGAAGCCAGGCCGCACCGGCAAGCCGGGGCCUCCCGGACCUCCCGGGGACCCAGGUCCUCCCGGCCCCGUGGGGCCGCCCGGUAAGAAGGGCGAUCCGGGCAAGCCGGGUCCCCCCGGGUUGCCGGGCGCCGGGGGCAGCGGUGCCAUCAGCACGGCCACCUACACUACGGUGCCGCGCGUGGCCUUUUACGCUGGCCUCAAGAACCCCCACGAGGGUUACGAGGUGCUCAAGUUCGACGACGUGGUCACCAAUCUAGGCAACAACUACGACGCAGCCAGCGGCAAGUUUACGUGCAACAUUCCCGGCACCUACUUUUUCACCUACCACGUCCUCAUGCGCGGCGGCGACGGCACCAGUAUGUGGGCGGACCUCUGCAAGAAUGGACAGGUGCGGGCCAGCGCCAUCGCCCAGGACGCGGACCAGAACUACGACUACGCCAGCAACAGCGUGAUCCUGCACCUGGACGCGGGCGACGAGGUCUUCAUCAAGCUCGACGGGGGCAAAGCGCACGGCGGCAACAGCAACAAGUACAGCACCUUCUCCGGCUUCAUCAUCUACUCCGACUGAGCUCCCCGCGUGCGUCCCGCUGCAGCCCCUGUGCCCCCGGGGCUGUCCUCCCGGGCGGGGCAGAAAAUGACCCGGCCCCGGCCCACCCCCUCGCUGCCCGGCUCCGGCUGCCGGCCCUCCCCGGCUAUGACGCCCCGGCCCUCUCUCUCCACCGCCCGGGCCGCAGUUUGACCCUCCCGCCGGCUCGCUGCAGAGCCGGGGCGCGGUGUGGACCGCCUCCGCCCGCCCCGCGCUGUAUAUUUGUACAAUAGGACUGUUUACUGCCCGCCCGCCGGCCCCCCCCCCAGCCCGGGGAGAGGUCGCAGCGCAGUCCGAUCCCGCGCUGGGAAGCGCUGCUCCCCUCCGCGGUGGGGUGGCGCCGCCUGCGGAGGGCUGGGGUGGGAGCUGGCUAGCUGCUUCCCAGCACCCCCAGAGCCCCGGCCCGGCCCCAUCGCGCCCUGUCUGACCAAAGCUAUAAUAAAACACUUUCACCCCUUGGGGUUUCGGUCUGUGCCCUAGGGAGGGCUGCAGGAGGGGCCGUGGACUCCUUCGGACUGGGAAGGGGUGGAAGCAAGGGAUGAAAUGACAACAAAGCAGCAAGCCUCUUCUUGGGCCUGAGGUAGGACCCCAGUCGUUGGAGUGGGGUUGGUGGUUAAAAAACAAACAAACAAAAGAUCUGGUGUGGAACCUGAGCCCCCACCCUGAGACUGUGUAGUCUCCUGUUGAGCCUUCCUGUUGCCCUGUCUUCUGGUCCUCCCAGCCUCUUUCCCCUCCACUCCCUUCUUAACUGGGUCCCUGACACUUUUACAUAUAGCCCAAGUGACUGAGAAACUAGUACGGACAUCCAGGUCACCAAAAGCCCCUGCCAGGUGAGGCCCAGAGGCCCAUGAGGCCUCUGCAACCGUUGGCGCCCUGUCAGCAUCAGCAGCAGGCCCAGCUGACUGCAGGCCCGUCCGCUCCAUCCAUGUCAGUCCGUGGGUUUCUUAUGCCAAGGAAGGAGGUCCGUUGGCCCCUUAGCCGAGCAGAGCAUCACUCCCAGCCUUGCACAGUGGCUGGCACUGGCCCAGUUAAGGGGUGGGCACUGGGCCCUGUCCAAGAGUACCCGAAGAAAAGGCCAGGUUUGGGGUGGAAAGAGAGGCUUCCUGGGACUAGUGGAGAGCAGAUGUGGAGGGGGUAAAGUC